UCCCGUCCGCCGUUUCCUUUCUCCCCCCCCUCCAGUCCUCUCCUGCCCCCCUAUCCUGCCCCUCUCUAUUUAUGAAAACGUCACUUCAAGUCCCUCCCUGUUUGAAUCUCAUUAGUUUCUUGUGUGUUUCUCCCUGUCAAUAAUCCCGAAUCCAGACUCUCUCUAUUUCCAUCCCUCUCUAUCUGUCAAUCAGCGCCGCCUUUGAACUGAAAACCACUCCGACCAACUUCAACUCCUCAAUCCGAGCGGCUCAGCUCCAUCUCCGGCUUCUUUUUCUGCCAAGAUUCCCCUCUUUUGAGUUUGUACUAACCGCCAGUGCUUGGAAAACGCCAAUACAGACCCUAAACUUAAACUCGGAUCCGGGAUCACUAAGAUCAAGGGUUUAAAACUUUGUGUUUUUGCCCCCAAAAUUGCUCGGGAAAAAUGCCGCAGCUCAACGGCGGUGGAGGGGACGAUUUGGGUGCGAACGAUGAAAUGAUUUCCUUCAAAGACGAAGGGGAACAGGAGGAAAAAAUUUCGGAGAACUCUUCUGCAGAAAGGGAUUUAGCAGACGUCAAAUCUUCUCUUGUAAACGAAUCAGAAACGAAUCAAAACAGCUCGUCAGAUUCAGAGGCGGAAAGACGGCCUCCGCCUAGAUCUGAAACUUUCAGAGACAAAACAAGAGAAAGUUUAGAGGAGGCUGCGAAGCGGCAAGAUGGAGGGCUGUUCAAGAGCCCACCGUACCCGGGCUAUCCGUUUAUAAUGAUCCCUGAUCUUACGAGCCCGUACCUCCCGAACGGAUCACUUUCUCCAACAGCACGCACAUACCUGCAGAUGAAAUGGCCGCUGCUCGAUGUCCAGGCCGGAGGCCUCCAGAGCAGGCAAGCGCUAAAAGACGCUCGCUCACCCUCGCCAGCACACAUCGUCGGGCCCUUCUGCUUGGAGCUGGCUGGACAGACAGAUCUCAGCCUACACCAAUUUCAGUUGUCUAAUAAGGUCCCAGUGGUCCAGCACCCUCACCAUGUGCACCCUCUCACCCCACUGAUCACGUACAGCAAUGAGCAUUUCACCCCCGGCAACCCACCCCCCCACUUACAGACAGACGUGGACCCCAAAACAGGUGAGAACCACGGCAGGGACACCACCAACACACCACCAACACACCACCAACACACAACACACACCACCCACGGAACGCCACGAACGGCUGUUCUGUUCUCUUGUCUUGCAGAACACAGGGAAUACUUCCCAAACCCUUGCCUCUCCCUCCCUCCAAUCACAGACCUGAGCGCGCCUAAGAAGUGUCGCGCCCGCAGCUUCGGCCUCGACCAGCAGAAUAACUGGUGUGGGCCCUGCAGGAGGAAAAAGAAGUGUAUCCGCUACAUCCAAGGCGAAGGUAGCUGCACGAGCCCCCACUCCUCUGAAGGAAGCUUACUGGACUCCCCGCCCUGUUCCCCUCCCUCCGCCCCCCCCAAACCGCAGGCUGAACAGAUGCAGCCUCUCUCACUGACUCUCAAGCCCCCGCUCCACCCGCUCCACAGCCUGCACCCCCACCCCCACCCCCACCCGCACCCCGGGGCCCCCCACCCGCUGGCCGCUCUGCUGGAGAGCCCCUCACACUCCGCCAAGCCCGCCGGCCGCACCCACAACGGCUCCGUGGAGCCCUCGGACGGCUCUCCCCCUCCAUCCUCGCGCACCUCCGGACCCUCGUCCUCCUCCUCGUCCUCGUCCUCCUCUUCCUCCUCCUCCUCUUCGUUGGCGAGAGGUGCGCUGCCAGGGUCGCUGUGCCCGCCCCUCACCUCCCUGUUGCCUAGCGCCAACUCAUCCCAGCCCUUGUCCCUGGUCACCAAGCCUCUGGACUAAUUCCACACACCCCCUCGACACACUCCUCUUCUCUUCUGACGGUUUUACAUUCAUCUUUUCUUUCUUGCUUUCUCUUGAAUCCUUCUUUUUCUUGGUUUUUUCCCUCUUUUCAUUGCUUGCGCCAAGAGGCUUUGGAUAUUAGAGAACUUUGUUAUUUUCUCUUUUUUAAUUAAUUAAUCAAACUUCAUUGGUCAAUAUUUGACCCUUCAUUAUCUUAAGAAAAGGAAUUCUAUAAUGUAAUGAGGAGAGGAAACAUACGAUGCAUUUGUAGAGUAUAGCGUCAAUCUGCCAAAAUUUGUAUGAUUUAGUUUUGUCUGUACAACAGAAAAAGAGUAGUUGUUAACCUAGUUGGGCAUAGACGUGUUUAAAACAGACCUAUAAAGCAUAAAGUAGGAGAUUUAAGAAAGGCACUCUUUUCUGAAAGAGCAGCCUGGUCUAUUUGUUUGUAUGAAAUACGAGCCAGCGAACCAAUCGUUUUACACCUCUUCAAAAGAUGGAGGGCACGAGGACCCUGGGGAGCUCUCUCCAGCAGAGGAUCCUCUUCCAGAGUUGUGUGAUGAUGGUGAUGAUAUUGAUGAUUAUGUUACUCUCUUGUUUAAAUGUACAGAAAUGUGGGGAAUGGGGGGCUGUGUUCAUAUGCAUUGUUCCAUUGCAUUGUUUAUUUUAUUUGACAUCUUUGGCUGUUUACCGGGGGGGUUCCAGGAAG